AUGAGCGUCAUUAUUAAUAUGGAAGCCGAUUCACUUUCCGUGUCCUCAAGCAUUAAUCACGAGGCCAUGGAACUGAACGCAGGAACGGUGGAUGAUAUAAUACAAUAUAUAAUUGGACGGGAUAUAGUUCAUGUUGCCGAUGACAGAAUAGAUACCCUACUACUGAGCUUCCAUUUAUACACAACAGUCUACUGCUUAUUAACAACACUUGAUGCGAAGUUUUGGCGUUUAUGUUUUGACUCAAAUGUGUAUCCAGAUGAGAAGUUCAAGCUUAUUCGGUCGCUUACUAAAGUGUUGGAUCGGUGGCUGGACAAUCCACACGUUGAGUCAUUUUACAGUCCUCCAGAUUUUCUCGAUCUCAAGAGAUUGUCGUUUGUGGCUUCACAGUGGCUUCGUGUAUUUGCAACAAACUUUCAGCCGAUUCGUCGAAAGCAUUCAAAAUCAGAAGAGUUUUCUCAAAGCCAACUUAUCAUGAAGGCUAGAGACUUCAUUCGGUCAAUGGCAAAAUCAUAUCAGUUAGGCCUAGCUCAAGUUAUGGAGGAAAUCUGCACCAAAAUUAAUAUGGCUUCGGAUAGAUUUCAUCUCCUAGCUGGACUCUUUAGGGAAGCAAAUUGUGAUAAAGAUGCGUUGGAAGCUAGUACAGAAUCACAACUUCAAAUAUCGCUAAGGGAAGGGUCUAUGAGUCAACUGUCUCCUCGACACAUCGCAGAACAGCUUACCUUGUAUGACGCAGACUUGUUUCUGAAAGUUUUGCCGUCUGAAUGUCUUAAUUAUGUGCGUCAUCGGCCAGCUCCAACGGUAGACUCAACCAUACGGCAGUUUAAUCGCAUUUAUGGUCUGGUGUUGACCACGAUUAUUGAGACCGAUCUUCCGAGAUCGGUUCCUGCUGCCAAUGUCUCUGCCUCAUCCUUAGCCUCCCUCACUCUCUCCAUUGUUCCCCUACCGUUGCAAAACGACCGACGCAAGAUUUCGAACCACGAUGGUCGACAAAAUGCGAGCCUGCAGUCUUCAAGCAACAUUACUUCGUGCCAAAAUAUUAAACUCGUGUCGUCUAAUGGCACCUUAUUCAGAGCCGAAAUGUUGUCUAAAUGGAUCUCUAUCGCAGCCGAACUUCGAACGCUACGAAGCUUCUCAGCAUUUACGGCUGUUAUGACGGCAUUGCAAGGGUACGCUAUCAGCAGUUUGCACGAAACGUGGGGAUAUGUGGAAAGUCACUAUCCCGAAAAAAAGGAGAUUUUCCACAAUUUAUCGCAACUUCUCAAUUUGGAAGACAAUAAAAAGUAUGCCAGAGAACUCUUAGAUCACGUAUGUUAUCGUUGGAUAUGUAUUGAUAACUUUAUUUCUUUUCAUCAUUACCACUUUUUUAUGUGA